GACCCACUAGCGGGUCGUCGCGCGACAGUUGCACUGGAACUCUGAACUAGGAGGAACGACUGCUUCACGAUGAAUCAGCACCAGAUGAUUGGUUCGAUAGCGGAGUUCAACGGCGAGCACGACGACUGGGAUGUGUAUUACGAGCGGUUGGAGCAGUACUUUGAGGUGAACGAUGUUCCGGAAGCAAAGCGAAGUGCGUUCUUGAUCAGUGUGAUUGGGACGGAUGCGUACAAGAGUUUGCGGGACUUGUGCCAUCCGGUGGUACCGAAGGAUAAGCCGUUCGAGGAGUUGUGCGUGCUGUUGCGCAAGCAGUUCAGCCGACAGGUUGCGAUCUACAGGGAACGAACCAAGUUCUACAACGCACGGCACGAGAACCACGAGAAUGCAACGCAAUGGUACGGACGGUUGAAGCGGCUGUCGGUGGACUGCAAGUUUGGAGCUAAUUUGGAGCAGGUCCUGGUGGACAAAUUCGUUACGGGACUGCGAGCUGGCCAGGUGUUGGAUCGACUCUGCGAAGAGGGUGAGGGUUUGAAGCUGGAACAGGCACUGGAAAUUGCAAUCAACAAGGAGUGUGCCGCGAAGGACAAUGCUUACGCCCCGGUCCGGUUCCAACCUCCGGCGCACAAUCCGUUUGCUGGUGGGUGCAUCCCUCCACCAAGAUCGUGCCUGUUUGGAGGAACUCCAGUGCGAGCUCCGGCAGCAUGUCCACCGCUUGGGGGUGGUGGCGGACUCUUCGGUGGCAGUGGUGGAGCCACCUUCGGAUCUGCCGCGCCACAAUCCUUCUCAGCUCCACAGGCCGUGGCCUGCACAUUCGGAACUGCUCCUGCACCCGCCCCGGUGGCCCUCAAAUCCAUGACUAAUCCUGUGGCACGGUUUGCCAUGAUGGACGCACUGGAAGCCGAACAGCCAGAAAACGUUGAACAUAACCAACUGGAAGGGUUGGGUGGUUCAGCGCCAGCUGUAGGUGCAGAAGCCACCGCCGAUGAUGGUGCUCCGGAGGGCGCUGGUGGCGCAGUCGUCAAAGCAAAACGGGUACGCACUCGACGACGUGGUCGAGGAGGUCGUGGCGGCGGCGCUGACAACGCUUCUGAUAAGAAUUCUGUCGAUGGAGAAGCUAAAGACUAGGCUGAUACUGUAGAGUAGACUUAUAACUAACCUGUAAGAUAGUUUAUUAACUUAUGAAUCUUGUAUUAAAAAAAACUUUACCAAGUUUGUUAAACAAA